AUGUUGCCAGCAGUUCUCCGCCGGAGUGCUCGUUUCUCUGCCAAUUCCAGCGCAUUAGCGAGAGUUGCCUUCUCGCGACCACUUCACGUCCGAGCGACUGAAUAUCUUCCCACCAACCAGCCUGAUUUCACCGAGUCCCAGCGAACGGUACGCGAAGGAAUUGCCAAGAUCAUGCAAAAUUACCCAGACGAUUUUUGGCUCGAGAAGGACAACAAACAUGAAUUUCCGCAUGAGUUGUCCUCUGACCUUGCAAAAAAUGGAUGGCUCGGCAUAUGCAUGCCUUCCGAAUAUGGUGGAUCCGAGAUGGGCAUUUCCGAAGCUACGGUCAUGAUGCAGACUAUCGCCGAGUCUGGUGCUUGUAUGACCGGCGCCUCUUCGGUCCAUAUGAAUAUUUUCGGUCUUGAACCGGUCGUCAAGUUUGGCACCGAAGAACAGAAGAAGAGAUGGCUACCGCCGCUGAUCAAUGGUCAAGAGCGUGCGUGCUUUGGCGUCACUGAACCCAACACGGGGCUUGACACACUGAAGCUUCGAUCGUUUGCUCGUCGAGAAGGCGACCACUACGUCCUUAGUGGCUCCAAGGUCUUCAUCUCCACUGCGCAGCAAGCACAUAAGAUAUUGAUCCUUGUACGCACGACUGCCUUGGAACAGGUUGAGAAGCCUACCCAGGGUCUAUCCCUCUUCUACACAGACCUUGAUCGCUCAGCUAUCCAAAUUACUGAGAUUGAGAAGCUUGGCCGUGCUGCAGUUGAUACCAAUAUGCUCUUUUUUGAGAACUGGAAAGUUCCUGCGGCGGAUCUUGUUGGAGAAGAAGGCAACGGAUUCAAGACCAUCCUGCAUGGUAUGAACGCUGAGCGUAUCUUAAACGCAGGAGAGGCACUUGGAAUUGGCUAUGCCGGACUUCGCCGUGGUGCAAUUUACGCCAACGAGCGCGAGGUCUUCGGUCGCCCUAUUGGGAAGAACCAGGGAAUUCAACAUCCGCUAGCUAAGGCGUGGAUGAAUCUGGAAGCUGCUAGGGUUCUCACCUACCGAGCUGCCCAACUUUAUGAUGAUGGAUAUACAGGCGGAGAGUAUGCAAAUGCAGCCAAGUAUCUUGCCUCUGAAGCAGCCUUCAAGGCGUGUGAGACCGCGUUGUUGACUCACGGAGGUAUGGGAUACGCGAAAGAAUAUCACAUCGAAAGAUACUUCAGAGAGUCUUUACUGCCGAGGAUUGCACCAGUGAGCCGGGAAAUGAUUUUCAACUACAUUGGGGAAAAGGUUUUGGAACUACCCAGAAGUUACUGA